AUGCGGCCGGGAGCCGCGCUGCUGGCCGCGCUGCUGGCCGCGCUGCGGACGGGGCCCGGGGGCGCGAGCGGUCGCCUGCUAAGCGGGCAGCAGGUGUGCCGGGGUGGAACACAGCGGCCUUGUUACAAAGUCGUUUAUUCCCAUGAUGCUUCUCGAAGACUGAACUUUGAAGAAGCCAGAGUGGCCUGCAGGAGGGAUGGGGGCCAGCUCGUCAGCAUCGAGUCUGAAGAUGAACAGAGACUGAUAGAAAAGUUCAUUGAAAACCUGCUGGCUUCUGAUGGCGAUUUCUGGAUCGGGCUCAGGAGGGGUGAGGAGAAACGGGGCAACGGCACGGCCUGCCGGGACCUUUAUGCCUGGACCGACGGGAGCACAGCAACAUUUAGGAACUGGUACGUGGAUGAGCCUUCGUGCGGCAGUGAGAUCUGCGUGGUCAUGUACCACCAGCCAUCAGCCCCCGCCGGCAUCGGGGGCCCCUACAUGUUCCAGUGGAAUGACGACCGAUGCACCAUGAGGAACAAUUUCAUUUGCAAGUAUUCCGAUGAGAAGCCAACAGCUCCUUCUACCAGACCUGGAGGUGAAGGAACAGAGCCAGCGACACCCAUACUUCCAGAAGACACAGAGAAAGAAGAUGCCACGGAAACACUAAAAGAAAGCAAAGAAGCUGCCCUGAAUCUUGCCUACAUCCUCAUCCCCAGCAUCCCCCUUCUCCUUCUCCUCGUGGUCACCGCCGGUGUAUGCUGGGUUUGGAUCUGUAGAAGGAGGAGCCGGGAGCAGCCGGGCCCCAGCUCGAAGGCGCAGCAUCCCCGCUGGCCCGCCGCUCAGCCCGGGAACAGCCCGGACCUGGAGGUUUACAACAUCAUACGGAAACAAAGCGAGGCGGACUUGGCCGACACGCGGCCGGACGCGAAGAACGUUUCAUUCCGAGUGCGAUCGGGAGAAGCCACUCCCGACGCCGUGUCUUGUGACUAUGACAACAUGGCUGUGAACCCGUCCGAGAGCGGCUUCGUGACGCUGGUGAGCGUGGAGGGCGGCUUCGUGACCAACGACGUUUACGAGUUCUCCCCGGACCGAGCGGGGAGGAGCAAGGAGUCUGGCUGGGUGGAAAAUGAAAUCUACGGUUAUUAGGACGCACGGACAGGAAUGAGGGAGACGAGAAAAGCAAAAUUCUCCUAUUUUCUAUAAGGAAAAUACUCAGAAGGUCUACGAAAGCGCUCAGAUCAGGUCCUGGGGGUGAGCAUGAGACCCCGACAGCCCCUGCUGGAUCCCCAGUGUGGGCUGUACCCCCUUAUCCCAGCCCCUCACCCUCUCCGACUUCUGAGAUAGCACCUUGCCCAGGGUCUGGCACAUCGUAGAAAAUAAAAUAACUGCUCGUCGGAAGUGACUAUCAAGAGACAGUGCUUUCAUUGGCGGGGAAAAGGCUGCGGCCGUGGAGUUCGGGAAACCAACCUCCAGCUUUGUUUUUCUUGCUCUGAACAGCAGUGCACAGAGUCACAGAGACAGAAAUUACAGAAGCUUUUCAAAGCCCAUGUAUGCUAGCAUCACGCUGACCUGUGCAUCAGUGACUCUUAUCUGUUUUUUUUUUCUUUUUCCCAAAGAAUCAAAUCAAAUAAAAAGCAGGAAACAGAAUGUUAGUCUGUGUCUACAGACCUUCCUCUGCAUGUGGCCUCGAGGGACCUUUUUUCUUUCUCCUGACAUCCAAACUUGGAAAGAUCUAAAAACGAAGUUUGAAUCUCGGCUUCUGGGCUUAUGUGUGUUCCCAGUUCUGACAUGCACGUUGUUGUUUGUCUGUUUGUUUUAUUGCAGUAUCGACAUAAUAUUAGUAAUAAUACUAAUGAUUUUGCCUUUUUGUUUUUGGGAUGUGUUUCAAAUACUUUCGGACUCAAAGGCAGAGAAAAGUGGCUUAUCAUUCAUUUACCAUAUGCAGUUCUGAAGGCCGUUAUUUAAAUUGUCAGUAACAUCCUUCUAUCAGCUUAAUAAUCUUAUUAUUUUAACCACUCCUCAUUUAUCUUGUUUUUGAAAGGUUUGUAACUGUCUCAUACGUGGAGCCCCACACUAAGCAGAGUUAACUAGUCUGGGUCAGAGCAGUAAUGAAUUAUGGUCCUUGCAUAAUUACCUGCCCUUCUGGGGCAGAGAACAGGGUGGGUAGUAACAGCAUUUAUGCCUGCUUCAGGGAAGUGUGUUUUGUGGAGUUACAAUAUUUCAAGCAAAAAGAGUGAUCCCAGAAGGACUGGUUUAUCGUCCCAAACAUCGAAGUUCCCACUUUUGCUUCAGAUCUUCCCGGCUCUAUGACCCUUUAUCCUCCCCUGUCCCCCCGUACUCUGGCCUCUACUAGUCUACAAGCAUCAAGAAGGCGGGAGUCCCAUCCGCCCUGUCAGCCGUGUACCCCCUGUACCCCAGACAGCACCUCGCACGGAGCAGACCAUCCAAACUUGUUGGAUGGAUGGACAGUUCAUCUUUCAGAUUGAUGUAAAAUCGCCUAAAUAUUUCAACUUACAAGUUUGCAGGACCCAUUUUUCACACUCCACCUGGGUCGGGGAGGUAACUGAGUUAUUUUAGUUUGAAAAGCACUCCGGCUGCCUGGGGAAAAGGAAACCUCUUAACAAGUAAACCGGAGCUGGCGAAUUGUGUUAACAACUUGAUUAUGUCGCUAAAACUUACCAAGAAGACCCAUUCUUUAGGUUGUAGUCAGAGCGAGCCCUCUGCAUAGUCCUUUUGUUAUCAGUGUCUUAGCUCCCCUGGACUCACAGAUUUCCCUCGUUUGUUUGCACACAGCUGGUCUUACUUACUUAUCCAAUUUCUUUUUUCCUCCUCAGAUUUACCAGCCCGAAUUUCUCCAGCUCCCUUUCUAUCUCUGAUAAUUGCCCUUUACUAAUUUAACAACACUUGUUAAAUGUUGUUUUAUGUUCAGAUUGAACAUUGAACUUAUCCUGGUAUCAUCUGAAAAUGUAGACCACCUGUUUCAUCAUUUAAAACCAUAGUUUCCAGCUUUUUUCCCCCCACUGUGACACACAAUAGGUGAAAUGUACAUAUCAGCUAAUUCCUUGGGUCCAGCCACUUAAAAAUAAUUUCUUGAACACCCACUAUGUGCCACACAUGGUGCUAGCCGUGGCACACAGCCAGAGGUCAGGCUGAGGCUUAGACAAGUUGGGUUGUAGGUUAUGUACAUUUCCCAACAGGGUGGCUUCAAGGCUCUUUUUUUCUUAUGUCACUCAUUCAUUAAGGCAGUUUUAAGCAUACCUACUGUGUGUUAGGAGAAAUGCUAAGUUCUAGGCACAGAGUGCUAAUAACUACAUGCUAAAUGAGACAUGAGAUGGAGCUUACAUUCUAGUGGGGAACGAAGCCACACCAGAACACGAGUGAGUGAAAGAGAAUCUGUUAUAAUUUGUUUUCUUUUUUAAUUGGGUUUUGUUCAGUUGUGUGCAGCUCUUUCUGGUCUCCCUUCCCUUUCCCUUCCUUUCUGUUCCUGAACACUUGGGUCCUAAAGCCAUUAGGUAAAUCAGAGGUAGGGAGGCAUCUGUUAAUAAUUAUAACUGUAUAGCACAGGAAACUAUAUUCAAUAUCUGAUAGUAACUUAUGGUGAAAAAGAAUAUGAAAACAAAUAUAUGUAUAUUCCUAUAUGACUGAAGCACUGUGCUGUACACCAGAUAUUGAUACAACAUUGUAAACUGACUCUACAUCAAUAAAAAUAUAAGUUAAUUAAUUAAUUAAAUAAAUGUAAUUAUAGAUUAUAACCCAUUGGAUAAACAGGAAGCCAUGAGUCCACACUGAUAUAAAAUAAUAAAUUAAUAACCAAAUAGUGGACAGCAAACUGUAGGUGCCAAAUGAAGGCCUAGGAAGCUGCACACUCAGACAUGGAAAAACAGCAAAGCUGAUUCAUCUGGGCGUCCUCUCUUUUUUUUCUUUCAAAGAACAGCAACUGGUUAGUGAUUGCUAACUAAUCUCAAGUUAUUUUCAAAUCCUGAGUUUGAACAGCAGAAUGAAAUAGGGUCUAGAAUGAGUCAUUAGAGCCAGGGCAUCAGGAGAAACCAGUUUUUCAAAAUAGAAUUAAGACAUGGUAUAUGUUUCAAAAAUAGAAAGCUGUGAAAUAUGUAUUACCACAGAACAGGCACUCAAGAGUUUUCUAUUAACAUGGGUUACAUAUUUUAAUCAGCAAAAUUUUGAGCUCAUCAAGGGCUCAAAAUUUGAGCUAUUCUGUUCGUAUCUUUUCCUCAGAUGCCUUAAAUUUGGGGCAAAGCAGGAUCCAGCAGAAUUCAUAGUUGCUUGUCUGUAUUGGUGUAAUUAGAGGAAAAGGCUGGUGAGCAUUUCGUGUAAGGCAACUUUUGAUAGGAAUUCGGAAGCUGCUUUAAUUGUUUCCUCCACCAGGUGGCAGCAUUAGGGUACAAUAGAAAUUUUAUUACUCACGUUUAUUAGUUUCUGACAAUUAAUUUCCUGCAACUAUAACGGAAAGGGAAGUAAAAAAUGACUUAAGGAGAAAUAAGACAGUACAAUAAAGUAGUUAAAAUCCUGGGUUCUAGAAGGAGAGUGUCUAGGUUCUAAAUCCUGUUUCUGCCUCUUACUGGCUGUGCAAUCUUGAACAAACCACUGAAUUAUUUAAGCCUCAGUUUCCCCAUCUUUAAAAUGAGAUUAACAUCACCUACCUACAAGUGUUGUGAGAAUAAAAUCACAAAUAUGUGCAAAGCACUGACGCGUUGAACUGCGUCUACCAAAAUCCGUGUGUGGAAGCCCUAAUCCCCAGGACCUCAAAACAUGACCUUAUUUGGAGAGAGGGUCAUUGCAGACGUAAUAAGUUAACGGGAAUGAAGUUAUUCGGGUGGACUGCAAUCCAGUGUGGUCAGUGUCCUCAUAAAAAGGGGAAACUUGGACGCAGACACUCACAAAGGGAGAAUGGCAUAUAGAAGAUGAAAGCCGACUGGGGAGUUGCUUCCACAAGCCAGAGGACACAGAGAUCGCCGGCCACCACGGGAAGUUGGGGAGAGGCAUGCAUGGAACAGGUCCUCCCCACCUCACAGCCCUCAGAAAGAGCCAACCCUGCCAACACCCUGAUCUCAGACUUCCAGCCUCCAGAGCUGGGAGACAAUACAUUUCUGUGGCUUAAGGCCCCCCCCCCCCCGGUCUGGGGUACUUUGUUAGGGCAGCCCUGGGAAACAGCACGUGAUAAAUACUAAUUAAUAUUAGCUGUUAUUAGCCCUGCACACUUUUAAUAUAAUUGCACUGAGGCAGCAAGACUAUUUCUACUGUAAAUUAAAGUGCAUUUUGCAGCUCUUAUGGAUUUAUAUCCACCGCCCCUCAAUUCAUGACGUUCUGUGGAGCCAGAGAGAGCAAAACUCCCAGCGGAAAGGGGGAGUUCAGUGAAACACAGCAGGAUAUUCUCUAACAAUGAGAAUUGUAAGGUCUCCGUUCUCCAACCAAGCUCGCACAGAGGCCACAUGACUCCCUAAAGGGGACAGAAUUUGGAACCCUGUGGUUUUGAGCCUCAGCCACAUGCUGUAAAGGUGUUAGUUCUUACCAGAGGGGCCCUCCCAGGGUUGGAAGGUUGGAUUUAAUAAUCUGUAAUAUCCCUUUUAUCUCAGUGCAUGAAUUUCAGCCAUUUUCCUUAGAUAAAAGCUGGGAAAGGAAAGGGGGCAAAGGGGGCUUGGUGGUAGAUCUAGACUCUGUAACAGCCAAUUUUGUUAAAGGUUAAAAUCAGCUAGGUAGGAUUAAGGCUGAGGAAUUGCCCCCAAUCCCCCCACCCUAUGCUACGCAGGCCAUCACCAUUUCACCCCUAGCGCUACCCCGGAGGCAAUGAAUAAAAGAGUCUUGAAUAAUUGAGCUGGUAUGGACAGCCUUGCAAGUUGUCACACUUGGCAGAUAACUCACCCCAGAUCAUCCCUUCCCCAGACUCAAGGAAGAGACUCAGCCCCACUGGGAGGGCUGGAGGGCUGUUGGCAGCUCGGGGAAUUUGGAGCUGCCUCUUCUGGGUGCAUCAUAAACAGGACAUAGGAGAACACAGAAGUACCUGCGAGGUAAUGCCUUGGACUGGAAUUUUAACGAAAAGGAAUUAUAGACGUUGGGGCCUUGUUUAGUUGCUGAAAUAAACCAACUAACCACAAAAGACAUCUUGAGACAACUGAAAAAAAUUGAACACGGACUGAGCAUUAGAUAAAAUUAAAGAUUUUCUCUGUUUUUAUUAGAAGUAAUAAUUGCACAGUGGUUUUGUGAAAGAUAAAAGGACUUAUGGGUUAAAGAGGAAUUUCUAGGAUUUGUUUAAAAAUAUGUCAACAAGAAAAAAGAGGAGUGAAUGAAACAAGAUUAGCACGUGGUUGGUAGUUUCUUAUUGUGAGUGAGAGACACAGGGAGGUUCACUGUAUUAUUCUAUUUUUAUGUAUGUUUGAAAGUUACCAUUAAAAUUUUUUUUUUAAAAUAAAAAGAACGGGAGGGGAAAAAAAUAACAGGUUUCCAGUUCUGAUGAGAAAGAAAUGUGACAAUGAAUAUACACAUGUUCAUGUAUAACUGAAAAAUUGUGUUCUACA